GCGGUAUCAGUCGCUCGGUGAGCACAAAAUGUUAUAGAACUGUAAAACUGAUUGGAUGCAAAUCGUUGUUGUUAUUUGCAUAUUUUUAUCGCUUUAAUUAUAUUUAAUAAAUUAAUUUAAAAUUGUUAGCAAACCUCAAUGUCAAGCACAUCAACGGCAACAACAAAAUUGGCGUACAUUGUGGGCGCAGCCGUGGGCGUCACAGUAGUAGCAGGCCUAAUACACUGGUAUCGCAAUAGUAAAAAAAAGGAAGAGAUACCAAAAAAAUGGCGCCGAGUCGGUACACUCAAGCAACUUAAUAUGUUCCCUAUUAAAUCCUGUGCGCCGCUUAUUCUCACACCUGACACGGUUAUAAGCUGCGAUAUUCUAGGACUACGUUUGGCUACACUACGUGAUAGGCAAUUUAUGAUCAUCGAUACGAAAAAUCAAAUUGUAACUGCCCGUACUUAUCCGAGAUGCGUAUUGAUCAAGAUAACAAUAAUAAGCGCAUUUAAAUUGAUGAUAUCAGCACCCGGUAUGGAGAAUAUUGAAUUGUAUUAUUUUUUACUUGCUCAGGAUAGUACCAAACCUGAUGUGAACACCAAUGUAUUUGGUUCCAAAGUAAAAGGUGUAUCAUGUGGUGAGAUUUAUGAUAAAUGGCUGUCAAAAUAUUUGUUGGGUAAAGAUAGUGGGCUUCGUUUAAUUUAUUAUCCGUAUUCCGAACCUACCAAGCCCAUCGACAAAGGUAUGAGAAAGGAACCACAUAUAACAUCUUCAGAUACGGGUGCCUAUAACGAUGCAACCAGUUAUAUGCUAAUGAAUCUAUCAUCUAUAAAAGAUUUAAAUACACGCAUGGAACAUCCAGUAGACCCAUUACAAUUUCGUGGUGGUUUUUAUAUUGAAAUGGAUAAACAUGAACCCUAUGCUGAAGAUGAAUGGAAUUGGAUUAAAAUAGGAGACAAUGCAGUAUUUAGAGCAGUAGCUCCAUGCGGUCGUUGUAUUCUUCCUAACAUCAAUGUUAAGACUGGGGAACGUAGCCCAAUCAAUGAACCACUCAAAACUUUAAACAGCUAUCGAAGAAAGAAAAAUUAUGGGAGUCCACUACUUGGUGUACAUUUGGGUCUACGUCAAGCUGGUGAUGUAAAAAUGCAUGACGUUAUGUAUGUGGAAGACAAUUCAGUGGAUGAAUAGAUUAAUUGCAAAUAGAAAUUUCUUCAUUUGCAAGUAUAUUAAAGUUAAAGGUUUAGUUUAACAUUGUUAUUCAGAAAAAUUAUGUUUUGAGAUUUGAAAUAAAAUUUAAUAAAUAUUGUUUGUAUUAGAAUUA